UCUCCCAUGCGAAUCGCCGCCCCCUCACCGGCCGCUGGCGUGCGGCGGGGAGCGGCUGCGCUUCGCGUGGGGUCGCCGCCAUGAUGCCGGCCCUGGCCGCCCACCGGCGGGGCUGCCGCGGCCUCUACCGCCUGUACCUGCGGUGCCAGGCGGCGCCGCUCCCCCGCAGCUGCCACGGAUGGCAAGCUUCAACAAAAAGUGGGAGUUUGUCUUAUAUUCUACCAUGCAAUCGUCUGCCUGUGCAGUUGAUGAGUCAAGUGAGAGUUUAUACCUCCGAUGGUCAGAAAAAAAAUCUUGGAUCAGAAGACACAAAUGGAUCAAACCCCGGAGAAACCCAGCAUAAAGUUGGAACAGGACAAGAUACGAGCAAUGCAGGUCAAAAGCAGUCUUUCCUUAAAGAGCCAAUUCAAGUAAAAGUGAAAGCAGUCCUUAAAAAAAGAGAGUAUGGACCAAAAUACACACAGAAUAACUUCAUCACUGGAGUCAGAGCAAUAAAUGAGUUUUGUCUUAAAUCCAGUGAUUUAGACCAGCUGAGGAAAAUUAAACGACGAAGCCCCCAUGAUGAUACUGAGACUUUCACUGUGUACCUGAGAGCGGAUGUAGAGGCAAAGUCUCUUGAAGUUUGGGGUAGUCCGGAGGCUCUUGCUAGAGAAAGAAAACGACGUAAAGAAGCAGAGAUCAAAUACAGGGAAAAUCUAUUUAGAAACCAAAGGCUGUUGAGAGAAUAUAAGGAGUUCUUUGGAAAUACUAAGCCACGCUCCAGUGCAGCAGCUAUGUUUUUCAAGGGACCAGGGAAGGUGGUAAUGGUAGCCAUUUGCAUAAAUGGGUUGAAUUUUUUCUUUAAGCUACUUGCUUGGGUUUACACGGGUUCUGCAAGUAUGUUUUCAGAAGCCAUUCAUUCUUUGGCAGACACAUGUAACCAGGCUUUGCUAGCGUUGGGCAUCAGUCAGUCUGCAAGGACGCCUGACCCUAGUCAUCCGUAUGGUUUCACAAACAUGCGUUAUAUUGCCUCCCUGAUCAGUGGGGUGGGCAUUUUCAUGAUGGGUGCAGGACUUUCUUGGUAUCAUGGGAUCAUGGGUUUACUCCACCCUCAUCCUAUAGAAUCUCUCCUCUGGGCAUACUGCAUACUAGCAGGGUCAUUGGUUUCUGAAGGAGCUACCCUUCUUGUUGCUAUAAAUGAAAUUCGCAGGAGUGCUCGAGCCAAGGGUCUGUCAUUUUAUCAAUAUGUUGUGCAGAGUCGUGAUCCUAGUACAAAUGUGGUGUUACUGGAGGAUGCUGCAGCAGUUCUGAGUGUGGCUGUAGCUGCUACCUGUAUGGGUCUGACUUCUUUAACAGGAAAUCCAUAUUAUGACAGCGUGGGUUCUCUAGGUGUUGGAACUUUGUUAGGGACUGUGUCAGCAUUUCUAAUCUACACUAAUACUGAAGCCCUGCUGGGACGAUCCAUUCAGCCUGAACAACUGCAGCGACUCACUGAGUUACUGGAAAGUGAUCCUGUAGUAAGAGCAAUUCAUGAUGUUAAAGCCACAGACAUGGGAAUGAGCAAAGUGAGAUUCAAGGCAGAAGUAGACUUUGAUGGACGGGUUGUUACUCGUUCUUACCUGGAAAAACAAGACAUUGAACAGCUGCUACAAGAAAUUCAACAAGUGAAAACCCUUGAAGAAUUAGAAGCCUUCAUGCUUAAGCAUGGUGAGAAUAUUAUUGACACACUGGGAGCUGAAGUAGACAGGCUUGAGAAGGACUUAAAGCAACGAAAUCCUGACGUUCGUCAUGUGGAUUUGGAGAUACUAUAGACUGGGCAGAAGAAAUCUUCAGGUUGCUGCCAUUUGGGAAAGAAGUCGUGUAAAGGGCUGAAAAGCUUCUGGAAUUGCAGCGACCUCAGCACCGUACCUCGCUUACAUGUGCUGUGAGCUUCCUGGGCUGUUCGCACUGCUCUGUUUCUGGAAGAGCGCUAGACUCGCAGACAAAAAUUUCUAUGGCAAAAUAAGUUUGAAAAAGCUACUUGACUUAAAUUCCACAGGAGAGUCUGUCAGAGUAUAUUUACUGCAAUUCAGAACUUGAGGUCUAGUUAGGCAAAUAUUAGCUGCCCGUGAAAAUAUACAACACACUUAGUUUUUCCAUUUGUGUCCCUAUGCAGUGGGUUUGCACUUCUCCAGUUUCUUUCAAGAUGUCAUUAAAGAUUCUUGGGAGAUAUUAAGAUUAGCUAGGAAGAGUUUGUUCCAGUGGAACCUGCCAAUCUUAAACUAAUUGUAAGAUUUCAACUGUGUGAUUGUUUCACAGUUUUUCUUUUCUAUGAGAUAAGUUCUUUCAAACAGGCACUGACCUUCUGUCAAGUACCAUGAUCUGGAAACCUGCUUUUUGCCACCAUUGCAAUUACCAGCUGCACUUCAGAAAAAUAAGAUUUUUCUCCUCAGUGGAGUCACCUGUAUGUGGUUAGCCAGAAUACCUUAAGUUACUGUGAAGAAAUUACUGUGUAGAGAUUUCAGUGAACUUCUUCUGGUUUAAAUUUUGUUCUUUAUUCUCUACUUUGACACUUGUUCUUUUAUUUGUAAACGUCUUCAGAUGUAAUCUGGGAGAUAUUUAUGGUAGCGCCUAUUAAAAGUUACCUGGCACUUUUUGCUUUUUAUACUUUUAAUAGACUGUCUUGUCAGAAAUGGUCUUUGCUAGAAGGUGUAAGAGAUGUAGUUGGAAGUUACAAUAGCAAAAAAUGUAUUAGAACUAUUUAUAAUUAAACAAAUGAAUACAUUGUAUUUUUAAUUUA